UGUUCACUCCAGCGCCGCCCACUAUGCCGCUGUAUCCGGCCCAGAAGAGCUCAUUGAGCCGUGGAGGUGGCUGAGAACUGAGGGCGAGCUCUACUGACCACCCGGUGGACGCUGUUUCAAUGGCUAGCCAAACAGCGUUGGUGAUGCGGCUGUUGGCUUCGGCCUACGCUGUGGCUGAGAAGGCAGGAACGAUAGUGAGGAGAGUCCUUCACAGUGGAGAUUUGGGAAUCGUCGAGAAGACAGGAGCUAAUGACCUGCAGACGCUGGCUGACCGGCUUGUGCAGAAGAGUAUCUGUGCUUCUCUGUCAAAGAGUUUCCCCAAAAUCACCAUCAUUGGAGAGGAGGAUCUGCCGUCUGAGGCGGCAGAAGAGGACCUGAUUGAGACAGGCAUGUAUGAUGUAAUCUUACGCAAGCCGUGUCCGGAGAAGUACUCUAUUUUAAAGGAGGAGGAGCUUGUUGUGUGGGUUGAUCCUCUAGAUGGCACCAAAGAAUACACUGAAGCUGCGAGGUUACUGGACAGCCCGGUUGUCGUUCAGAAGCAGCUCCAGGCCCCCACAGCUCCGCCCCGGCUCCUGGAUCACGUGACCGUGUUAAUAGGCAUUGCUUACAGAGGAAAGGCCAUCGCUGGAGUCAUCAAUCAGCCCUUCUACAACUACCAGAUGGGCGCAGAUGUCACUUUGGGCAGGACUCUGUGGGGAAUGUUGGGUUUGGGUGCUUUCGGGUUCCAGCUUCAGGACGUCCCGGACGGGAAGCGGAUCGUCACCACCACGCGCUCUCACAGCAACAAACUCGUCAUAGACGCUGUCCAGGCCAUGGAGCCUCAUGAUGUGAUUAGAGUUGGAGGAGCUGGUAAUAAGAUCAUCCAGCUGGUGGAGGGCAAAGCCUCCGCGUAUGUGUUCGCUAGCCCAGGCUGUAAGAAGUGGGACACGUGCGCACCUGAAGCGAUCCUACAUGCUGUUGGAGGAAAGCUGACAGACAUGCAUGGGAACGCGUACUGUUACGAUGCUGGUGUUAAGCACAUGAACUCAGCCGGGGUGUUGGCGACGCUGAGGAAUCAUCAGUACUACGCCAGCAGAGUGCCUCAGGCUGUCCUACAGGCCCUCCCAUCUGACUGAGACACACACAGUCAGGCAUAGAGGACCUGUGUGCCUUGUAGCUGGAAUCACUUCACACUGAAAUCAUUAUAGCACACACAUAACGUCAGAUUGAAUCAAUUUAAAGUGUCCUUGGUAUCAGGGAAAUGGAAUAGGACUGUGAUUAUGACUGAUAGUUUUUAUUGUCUGAAUCAUAUUUACUGUGAAGCAUAUCGCUGCUGUCGGAAGAAAACCUCGUAUCUCCAAAAUAGUAACUUUACAGGAGAAGGAAAAAAACAUACUUCACUUUCAAUGUAAGUCAAUGGAACCAGAAUUUUUCCUGUGUCAUU